AUGCAGCGGCACUUGCAGCAGCAGCGGGUGACAGAGGAUCAGGAUCAACGGGGCGAGUUUAUAGAUGAGUCUACGCCGAAGGACCGUGCACUGGAAAUGCUGCCGAGUCCACUGGAAAUCGGCCCACCCGUGUUUGUUCUGUGCUUGCGAAAGCGGCUGGGCGAAUCGGACGAAAAAGCCAGGUUACAGAUCGAAGUGCGUGUGCCGAGUGAGUUUCGGAACCGCAGAAAUGGUGACAUGAUUGAGGAGGAACAAAAUGACGGUGAAACUGAAGGGAAUAAGAAUUGACUUGGUAAAUCCAAGACAGUAAACUUA